CUGUCAGUUUGAAAGUUAUUGUUCGGUUCGUUAUAAAUUUGAAAGAUCGUUAAAAAAUAAAAGGAAUGGUCUAAGCGCAUCAGUUAAUUUUUUCAGUAAUCAUUCCAACAUAAUGAGUAAUGAAAACAGGUCUGUUAAUUUUUUUUAUGAUAGCGAUGAAGACGUUUCUUGGGGUCCAGUUUCAUUAAGAGAAGUUAAGAGAAAUUUGAAGAGUAAAAGAAAACUUGAACCACAAUAUAGGCGUCAAACAUCUGCGUUUGUUCCCAUUAAUUUGAGUCAAUCCAGCAAAGAGUAUUACAGUGCGAAUGAAACCCAGGAAUCAAACAACAUUGGAAACACUAAAGAGACACCUGAAAAUGCUUCAAUGAAUAUGUCGCAAGUAAAUUCCAGCAAAAUUAGCUCAGAUAACUUCGUAUCUAUAGAUUCAGAUGAUACAGGAAAUUUUGAAGUAGUUGCAGUUUCCUCUGACAGUGAAGAGGAUGAAAUUGUAAAAUCUAUCCAUAUUAAAAAAGAAAGAAUCUCCAGUAACCCUGAAACAAAAACCCCCUUCAGCAAUGGAGAAGAACAAUUAGAUAAUAAUAGUAUUAUUUGCUUGUCAUCAAGUGAGGACGAAGGCGAUUUUAAUUCCAAAGUUAUUUCUACAGCAAGUCAUCAAGACAAAUCUAUUGAUUCAACAGGAGAUGAUGAAAAAGAGGAAGCCCGGUCUAUAAAUGUGUUUCAAAGUGUGUCGGAAUCAUGGAAAGAUGAGAAUAUCCCAGUAGAACAGAAUAACUUGAAUAUUUCCAAUUAUCAUGACUCAGGCAUAGAUAAUGAGAAAUUGGGAACUACAAAUCUCAAAAAAACAAUCCCAACCAUCAAUAUAAUUUCAGUUACUCCUAUUAAAAGAUCAAACUAUUUUUCCAUUGAUUAUCCGGUGGAUCAAGAUAAAAGCUCGGUAGGAAAAUGUGACUUUGUUGAAGAAGAAGAAAAGAGUUGUCACACAUCUUUCAAGGCUCUUUCUUCUGAUGAAUCUGAAGAAUGUAUGGAAGUAGAACACGAAAACAUUGAAGAAAAAAAUUGUGAUAUUUCAACCCAGAGCAACAAUGAUGACUUCGAUGCCCUUUCAUCAAAUACAUCAGCACGAGACCCAGUAAAUAUCAGUCAGAAAGAGAAUGAGUAUGAUUACUAUGAGCUCAAAAAUCACACAAUAUCCAAACAAGACUCAGAUGAAUAUGACAACUCACAAGAUGGUUCUAUUCAUGCAAAUGAAAUACAAAAAUUUAAUGAAUCAAACAGGGUACAAAAUGAUUCAACCACUUCAAUGCAAAACGACUCCGUUCAUAGUGUUAGUGAAGAUGUUGGAAAUUUAUCCCUCAAUGAUACUUUUGCUGAUAUGGAGAGAUUGUUGACUCAAGGUUACGAUUCAGACUCUGAUGAUAGUAGUGACAAUGUAAUUGAAAGCACACCAUGUAAAAUACCAAGACCUCCUCUAGGAAACACCUCUGGCAAUUCCAAAAUACCCAUACCCACAACUUCCUGCGAUGAAUCUUCCAACAGUAGUUCAUCAUUGCGAUAUGAUUUUAAAGUUCCAAAAUUCCCACCGAAGCUAAUUAAGAAAACACCUGUUAGUAACAAAUUAGUUGCACCCAAAUCAUCCCCAAUACCACUGAAGAAUAUUGUAAGUCCGGUGAGGCUAUACAUCAAAAAUUCGCCAUUUCCUGCUUUGAAACAAAGUCAUAAACCUGGAUGUACUCGAUCACAAUAUACUUUGGAAGGAAUAUCUGAGGCUACUACCGUAGCUCGAAAAAGGCACAGCAAUUUGUUAGACAGCUUACCAGAAGUGGUAUAUAAACCGUCUAAACUUGUUGAAAAGAAGAGUGAUAACCAAAUAAUUUUACCUAACAAUAUAAGAAGUUUAAUAACUGAAAGAACUGUCAUCAAACACGAACCUCGUAAAAGAAUUAAUCUUAAUGAAAGUGUGUUUUCAAUGGAGGAAAAAUUAAGAAUGAGAGAUAUAUCACAUAUAGUGAGCGACGAUCACAAUAUGUCAAUACAUACAAUAAAACAAGGUUUCAAUUUGUAAGAUUCUUGUGCUGUGUAAAGUAUUAUAUUCAAUUUCAUUUUGAGUGUGUUACAUUUUUGAAAAUGUAAUACUCAUUGUAACAUAAUUUUUGUAUUAAAAAAUGUUUAAAGAU